CGCACCCACCACCGUCAAAAAUUCUCUCUCGCUCUAGAUCCCUCUUCCCCGAGUGUUCACUUCCAUUCGAAUUACAGAAGAGAGAGGGAGAGACAAGAGAGAGAGAGAGAGAGAGAGAGAGAGAUGGCGGACGAAGAAGAAGCAGAGCUAAGCAAGACGCGGAAGAAGGAGAUUGCGAAAUGGUUCCUCCUCAACUCUCCUCCUGGCGAGAGAGAGAGAGAGAGAUGGCGGACGAAGAAGAAGCAGAGCUAAGCGAGACGCGGAAGAAGGAGAUUGCGAAAUGGUUCCUCCUCAACUCUCCUCCUGGCGAAAUCCAAUACGUUUCCAAAGUUUUCAAGAGAACACUGUUGAAGGGGGGUUCUCGGGGAGUGAUAUGGCAAAGGAGCAAUUGCAAGUGCUUAACGCGCUUGAUGUGGCCAAGACACAAUGGUACCAUUUUACGGCCAUUGUGAUUGCUGGAAUGGGAUUCUUUACAGACGCAUACGACCUCUUUUGCAUAUCACUCGUCACAAAACUCCUAGGCCGUUUGUACUACCAAGAGCCGGGCUCUACCGACCCGGGAAAGCUUCCUUCAAAUGUCUCGGUCGCCGUUAAUGGCGUUGCUUUCUGUGGGACCCUCUCAGGUCAGCUCUUCUUCGGCUGGCUCGGCGACAAGAUGGGGCGAAAGCGAGCCUACGGCAUGACCCUCAUGCUCAUGGUAAUCUGCUCGGUUGCCUCUGGCCUUUCCUUUGGGACGGACCCCAAGUCAGUCAUGGCCACUCUUUGCUUCUUCAGGUUCUGGCUUGGCUUCGGCAUUGGCGGUGACUACCCUCUCUCGGCCACCAUCAUGUCCGAGUACGCCAACAAAAAAACUCGUGGCGCGUUCAUCGCUGCGGUUUUUGCAAUGCAAGGGUUCGGGAUUCUAGCUGGUGGGAUGGUGGCAAUCAUUGUCUCGGCGGCCUUCAAGACAAAGUUCCCUGCUCCAGCCUAUGUUGUUAAUCCUGCAGCCUCGAUUGGGCCUGAGGCGGACUAUGUCUGGCGUAUAAUUGUCAUGUUCGGCGCCCUCCCGGCUUUGCUCACUUACUAUUGGCGUAUGAGGAUGCCCGAGACUGCACGGUACACUGCGUUGGUUGCGAAGAACGCGACGCAGGCUGCGGCCGACAUGUCGAAAGUCUUGAAUGUUGAGGUCACCGCGGAGCAAGAGAGGGUCGACGAACUUGCCAAGGGUGACAACAAUUUCGGGUUGUUUACAAAACAGUUUCUCAAGAGGCAUGGACUUCACUUGCUUGGGACAACAAGCACUUGGUUCUUGUUGGACAUUGCAUUCUACAGCCAAAAUCUGUUUCAAAAGGACAUUUUCAGUGCAAUUGGUUGGAUUCCUAAGGCCAAAGAAAUGAGUGCACUUGAAGAGGUCUUCAAAAUCGCGAGAGCUCAAACACUUAUUGCCCUUUGCAGCACGGUCCCUGGUUAUUGGUUCACCGUUGCGCUAAUUGACAAGAUGGGGAGAUUUGCAAUCCAAUUAAUGGGAUUCUUCUUCAUGACAGUCUUCAUGUUUGCACUAGCCAUUCCUUACCACCACUGGACUCUUUCCGCGCACCGGAUUGGCUUCGUCGUCAUAUACUCGCUCACCUUCUUCUUCGCAAACUUUGGCCCCAAUACCACCACUUUCGUCGUGCCGGCGGAGAUCUUCCCAGCGAGGCUGAGGUCAACAUGUCACGGCAUAUCAGCUGCAUCAGGCAAAGCCGGCGCAAUUGUUGGCGCCUUCGGGUUUCAGUAUUCCGAGCAAGGGAUUGGCGUGAGGAACACUCUCAUAAUUCUUGGGGUCAUCAACUUUCUUGGUAUGAUGUUUACUUUCUUGGUGCCUGAGUCUAAGGGAAAGUCUUUGGAGGAUUUAUCAGGCGAAACCGAUGCUGAAAACGGCAGAGAAUCCGCAGAAGCAAGGCAGGAGAAUGGGAGACAUUGAUGAUGGUGCUUGCUAUCGGAAUAAUAAGCCCUUGUUGUCCUGUUUCUUUUGCUUGCUUUAAGAAACUUUUUUCUAGGAUUGGAUACUGUUUUUUUGGUUCCUUUUAAAGAUAAUAUAAGAAGAGAGUUUUUAUGAUUCA